AUGUCCCGCCCUGUAGGUUUCAGACCACCAGACAAAUUCUGGAUGUACGGUAUGGAAGUAUCGCUCCAGUAUUGCUAUCUACGGCACGAUGCAUACGAUCAAAAGCAUCGUCCAUUCCAUGCCCUGUCAGCUAGUAUACGGAUGGAGAUCGCACGGCUGGCGCAAGGCUCUGAACCACCCGGUGAUGAUACAUCACAGGUGCAAGGCCAGGGUCUAGAUGUUCCGCCCCGACACGCUGCGAUCCUGGUCGGCAGUCUGACGAACAGCUACAAGUUCAAGCCUGGGGGCAUGAUGAAGAAGACAUUUUCAUUGUCGAUCGGAGGUGUCGCGCAACACCUUAUCUCGUACUACAAGAUCGAAGACGUGGAACAUGGUCGGCUGCGUUCGCCCUCAUCGCUGCCCGAGCUCGCGUCGCUCGACAUCAGUCCAGAAUACCUCGACAAGACGCACUUCCGCAACCCGCCAAAGGUGGAGAUUGGCGUAGACGGUGUACCACGUUACCGUGGCGAGGCCGAUGAUGCGGAUACGUCGCCGCACAUGCUCCCUGCCUCCCUAUCACCGCCGAGCCCCUACGCCGAAGCAGACUCUGGCUCGUCUAAGCGUGGCAAACGCUACGACCCUUACAGCAGCAACCCACCCAAACGCGCGCGCAAGGUCAAGAGCACACCGCCAGGCCAGGAUACUACGUCUGAGACUCCGCCGCAACCGCUUGCCGUCUCGGUGCACCAGCCGCAACCAGGCUACGCGAGCGGUGAUCCUGCAGCGCCCGUACCACCGCACUACGCAUCAUACGGCUACUACCAGGUGCCGCCGCCAGGGUAUCCUGUACCGCCAAUGUAUUCUGGGACGUACCCCGCGGUGCCACCACCAACGAGCACGCCUUCCCCACCGCAGCAGGGCCAGCCAUCGCCGCCUGCGCCUGCGUACGCUGGCUAUACCGACCCCGCCUACGCCGGGUCACACUACCCGCAAUACUAUGCGCAUCCGCACGCGUAUGCGAGCUACCCGCCUGGCAUGCCGUGGCCGCACUACGGGUACCCGCCGCCUCCGCCUCCUGCGGUGGCAAGCGCUGGCGAUGCGGACGCGGAUGUUGACGAUGAAUCACGCCCUCAGGCGGGCGGGAGCUCCGGGGCCUACGGCUCCGAUUUUGUACCCACCAUCCACCAUGAUACAUACUCGUCCAUUGAUCCCACCAAGGCGGACCUAGCAGGGAAGGUCGUUCUCGUCACUGGUGCAUCAAAGGGGAUUGGAAAGGCCAUUGCCAUUGCGUUUUCACAAGCGGGCGUAUACGGCCUCGUCCUCGUUGCGCGAUCACAUCUGGCUGAGGUCAAGGCCGCCUGCGAAGCCGCUCAGCGCCCAAACCAGCAUCUGAGAGUGCUCGCUAUGACCGCUGACAUCACCGAUGUUGCGCAGGUCAUCCACGUCAUGGAGAAAGUCAAGGAGUCCUUCAAGAAGCUUGAUAUCCUGAUCAAUAACGCCGCAUUCUACGGCGGACUCGGACUCAUGCAUGAGCAGGAUCUAGAGGUGUGGUGGAAGACAAGGGAGGUGAAUAUGGGUGGGACGUACCUGGUCACCCGCACAUUCCUGCCGCUGCUCUGUGAAUGCGGGGGAGCCAAGACGAUCAUCAAUAUGACAGCGAAGUUCGCCUUGCUUCGUUUCACGGAGCUCAUAAUGGCUGAGUAUCACACCCGAGGCGUGCUAGCUAUCGCAGUACACCCGGGCUUUGUCCUCACUGACAUGAGUGCAGGGUUACCAGAUAACAUGAAGCGUAUUCUCACCGACACCGCUGAGUUGCCGGCGCAUGCGACCAUCUGGCUGUGGGAUGUUGACGAGCUACUGGCGAAGAGACAGGAGAUUGUUGAUGGUGACAAGCUGAAGAUGCGCAUGGUGGUAUGA